CUCCCCCCAAUCUCUCUCUCUCCUUGAAAUCCUCACCCUCUCUCUCUACAAUAUUCAGUAGGUUUCUGAUCGGCCAAACGCAGCCAUGGCCAUGCAAUCCGGAAUCGGCCUCUCCAAGAUUCUGGUCUUGGCCGGAGUAGGUUACACUUCCACGAUCGUGCUCAAGAACAAUAAAAUCUCGGAUUUGCUUGGCGAGCUUCAGAGAAUAGUGCAGGGAAUCGAAUCGAGGGAGAAAUCAGAAAGCGAUUCUGAUCAUUCUGAUGUUCUUGUGGCUCAGGUGCGUCGGAUGUCAGAAGAGCUACGAAGAAUUGCCUCAAAUCGACAGAUUACUGUUCUCAAUGGGGGUGAUGGCUAUGGCAACUUAACAUCACUUGUAGGUCCAGUUGCUGCAGUGGGGGCAUUGGGAUAUGCUUACAUGUGGUGGAAGGGUAUUUCUUUCUCGGAUCUUAUGUACGUAACAAAGCGUAAUAUGGCCACUGCUGUUUCAAAUUUGACAAAACAUCUGGAGAAUGUAUCAGAUGCUCUGGCUAAAACAAAGCAGCACUUGACUCAGAGGAUCCAGAACUUGGAUGAUAAAAUGCUGGAGCAGAACGAGCUGUCUCGGGCAAUAAAGGAUGAUGUUGCUGGAGUACACCAAUCUCUUUCUGAAAUUGACUAUGACUUGAGCACAUUGCAGCGUAUGGUAUCUGGUUUGAAUGGGAAGAUAUGUACAUUGGAGGAGAAGCAGGAUCUUGCAAAUCUUGGUGUCUUCUACCUAUGCAACUUUGUUGAUGGAAGGAAAAUGAAAAUGCCUGAAGAACUGCAGGAACAAUUUAAGCUCUCUGGCAAGUCACGUGGUUUACUCACAGGCUCAGACACUCCAAGUCUGAUGGGUCUGAAGGAAAUUGCGGACUCUUUAUCUGGAGGUAUCGGCAAGUCGGCAAGUGAUGUCAUUGCACAAGAUAGCAUUGACAAGACAGAAGAAAAGCCAAGAAACCUGCUGAGGUCGAUAUCAACUAGGUGCUGAUGACGACAUUCGAAACAAGAUGUUUCCACCUCCUUGGUGUUUUUCUUGCAUGUAUAUGAGAGUUCAUUUGGUUUGAUUUUUGGAAUUGGAUGUAUGACAUGACAUCAAUGACCACCAAGGUCUUUGCUUGGUGUAAUAUAUAUAUAUUUUUUCAUCCUGACUUUGCAUGAUGAUGGAGAGGAUACAAGUAAAUAUUACUGGCUCAUGAAGAUUGAAUGUAACCCUGGAGAUAUAGAAGUAUGCAGUUGAGUAAGAUAAAUUCAGAUGCUUCUAACGCAUGUUUGAUA